ACAGUCCAAGAGAUUAGCAAAUUUUAAUUACGUUUUACAAUCACAUAUAUAGUUAGUAUUCAUUUUAGAAAUAUUAAUGAAACGCUUAUUGUUAUUGUGUAUGGCGUUAAUGGUAAACCAAAUCUUGCUUUACGUCAUUGGUAAAUGCGAUAUACAGACGAAAAACAAAUUAUAAUUAAUCAUUAUUUACGUCAAACAAAAUAUCAACACCGAUCAUUGUCACUUAAACAUUGAAAUGUCCGCAACAAGUGCUUUAGAGAGUAACGAGGACUUAGAAAAUAUUCCAUUAGUUAGAAUGGAGGACGUACAGCCGGACAGGAGUUCUGAAAUGUAUAUAGUUAACGAUAAUGAAACGUUGGAAACUUGUGUUGUUGACGAUGUUGACUACAAUGUAUGUGUUAAUGAUGAAGAGCACUCGAAUAUAGGGAGUAUGGUGUCUAUACACUCUGAGGAGGUCACCGGAGUUGACGACAGUGAAACUCCUGAGUUUAUAGUACCAGAAGUGUUACCGUCUGUAACAAGAGAAGUGCCGUUGACAAUCAUAGUAGAAAGAGCAGAAGUAAAACAAAACCCAGACAGCUGGCCAACAUUAGAAAUACUCCCAGGUGGAGUUAUAAAACACGCUGAAAAUUACGAAAGUGAUCUAGCAAGUUUCUAUCAGAGCGGGGAUAUUGACAAUGAGGACGGAGACAUGAUGUACGCAUGUGCAAAAUGUCCUGAACGGUUUAAAUUUUUAUUCUGUCUGGUUAAACAUGUUAAAUGGCAUGAGGAUCAGAAGAAAAAGGAAAAGCAAGGAAUAACAGGAUUAUCUAAAAUAAAAUCUCCUGAAAAGAAAUAUAUCUGUCUGCACGCAAAUAAAAGGAAAGUCAUAUCAAAAUUAAAAACAAAGUGUAAGGUACCAAAGAAAUCAUAAUAUUAGUUAAAAUUAUAUACAAAUAUUUUUUAAUUUAGUUAAAUUUUUGAUAAGCGUCUAAAUAUUAUUGAGAUGUAUAUUUAUAAGCCUUUGAUAGAUAAUGAAAUUUGAAAUUAAAAAAAGGCGUUUCCAAAAAAAAAGAAUUAAAUUUGAUGGAUGUUUA